GUUCUUUCUGCAGCUGCUGCAACACUUGUGACAUUGAAUUGGGUUAAGUGCAGAUAUUUUCGUUAAAUAUGGCUACAUUAAUCAGGAAGAUCAUCAGCACAAGUAAGGCUCCUGCUGCCAUCGGACCGUACAGUCAAGCGGUGUUGGUAGAUCGGACCAUGUACAUCUCCGGACAGCUGGGGAUGGACCCCGCUAGCGGUCAGCUGGUGGACGGUGGCGUUCAGGCCCAAACCAGACAGGCUCUUGUGAACAUGGGUGAAAUCCUUAAAGCUGCUGGUUGUGGUUAUGAGAACGUUGUGAAAACCACGGUGCUCUUAGCCGACAUGAACGACUUCACUAAUGUCAAUGAUGUUUACAAGCAGUUUUUCAGCAGCAGCUUCCCAGCUCGAGCUGCCUACCAGGUCGCUGCUCUGCCCAGAGGUGGACUGGUUGAGAUCGAAGCGGUUGCCGUCCUGGGGCCUCUGACAGACGCAUCCUAACAACGGCAUCGAUCAGGAGGCGAUUAAAAUGUGAAAACUAAUCAUCGUUAAACUCUAAAUGUGCCUUUUUGUGGACCAGUGUUCAACAAGAUAUAAUACAAUUAAAUUCCCUGGAGGAUUAAUUCAUUUUGCUAUAGACUUGUGAUGUUUGUACAGUUUUAUCUAAUGUAGCGCUGAUGUGAACAUGAGUCUGCCUGCAGGUUAACACCAGGCUCAGGGCACUUUCUCAUCUUCAUUAACAUUGAUGACAGACGUUUGGAGAUGACGCUGCAUUUUAUUUCCAUCUCAUAUUUCACUAGCGAUAGCUGCAAAGUACCUAAACUUGUUUGCUGUAUUAAAUUACACCACUACUCUUAUGUUGUUGUGCAUCUGAUGAUACAUGAUCAAAUAUAAGUCAUUAAAAUAUUGCAAUUUACUUAAAGGGUGUUUUGUUGAUUUUAUCUGAACUGUUCACUUUUAUUCUAAGCUCAGUUCAUGAUACAUAACAACUGUUUUUAUUCUUUAUUUGUCAUAAAAUAAAAUAAAAUACUGUGCAAAAGUCU